AUGAUCUCACGACUUCCCCGACAACUGCGGAAACCCCCAAGGGUCUUCUGCCCAUCCUCCUCUUUUAUCAGAAUCACGAGCGGGCGUCGGUGUUUCUCCUCCGAGACCAGCACCAGUACCAGCACCACCCCAACCCCCGCCGACGCAGCCUCCUCGCAACCCCCGCCGACAGCGCCCAAGCAGACGCCCCCCCUCCGCCUUAUCCGCGACGCCGCCGACUACCACACCGCAAACUGCAUCAACAGGAACUACGCCGGCCUCUCCGCAAACCCCGCGCGCAUCGUCGCCCUCCACUCCGAACUCACCGCGCUCGAAAACAGCGCCCGCUCCGCCCGCGAGGAGAAGAAUGCCGUCCUCUCCAGCAUCAAAUCGUACGCCAAAAAGCACCACGCCCCGCCCCCGGCGGAUCUCCACGCCUCUGCAAAACAUCUCAAGGCCCACAUCGCGACCCUGACCGAGUCCGAAUCGCGGCUGGAAGAGGAACUGCGCUCCCUAGCACUCGCCCUGCCCAACCGCACCCACGUCGAGACCCCCGUCGGCGCCGAACCGCGCCUCCUGGGCUACAUCAACGAGGGCCUUGCCAAAACCACUGACUGGGCGUCCAAAAAGUCCCACACCGACAUUGGCGAAGAGUUGGGCCUCCUCGACUUUGCCUCCGCCUCCACCGUCAGCGGGUGGGGAUGGUACUACCUCCUCGACGACCUCGUCCUCCUCGAGCAGGCACUCAUCAACUACGCGCUCACCACCGCGCGCACGUCCGGCUGGCGCCUCGUCUCACCGCCCAGCAUCGUAUACUUGCACAUCGCCUCCGCCGCGGGCUUCCGGCCUCGCGACGCGAACGGCGAGCAGCAGGUGUACGCCCUCGAGACGGCCGACGGCAAGAUCCCGCAUUCGCUCGCAGGCACCGCCGAGAUCCCACUGGCGGGGUUGGGCGCGGGCCGGGUAUUUGAGGCCGCCGAACUCCCGCUAAAGGUCGUGGGCGCAGGGCGCGCGUACCGUGCGGAGGCGGGCGCCCGGGGCGUGGAGAGUAAGGGCCUAUACCGCGUUCACGAGUUCACAAAGGUGGAGCUGUUCGCAUGGACGCCUGCCGACGAUGCGGCGGUUAACGACCAGGGCGGCAAUGUCGUCCCCGCCCCGGACUCAGCAGCGGAGCGGGUGUUUACGGAGAUGCUGGAGUUCCAGAAGAACCUCAUUUCGAGCCUAGGUCUCUAUGCGCGGGUGCUCGAGAUGCCGACCAAGGACCUGGGCGCGAGUGCGUGUCGCAAGAUCGAUAUCGAGGUGUACAUGCCCUCGCGGUCGGGCAAGGAUCCGUGGGGCGAGGUGUCGAGUUUGAGUAACUGCACGGACUAUCAGGCGCGCAGAUUAGAUACCCGGGUCAAGGACUCCAGUGGAGGAAGAGGGUUUGUGUGGACGCUGAAUGGGACGGCGGUGGCGGUGCCGAGGAUGCUGAUUGCGUUGUUGGAGUAUGGGUAUGAGGAGGGGGUGGGGGUGAGGGUGCCGGAGGUGUUGCAGCCGUUUAUGGGGGGCGUGGACGUUAUUAGGCGGCGGUAG